GCGGAGGGGUGGUGCGCGGGGUGGGCAGAGCGCGCAGGCUGGUGGGCCAGGCGGGCGACGGACAGGCGGCGGGCGGGAGCGCGCAGCGGACGAGGCGGCGGCGAGAGUUACAGUACUUACUUGUUGUUAGUGUCAGUCGCUCCGCGGCGCGGCCACGACCAGCAGGAAGAACGCGGACGCGCGGCAAUGGUGGUCCCCGCGGCGGCGAGCGCGCCCCUCAGGAAAAGAAUAUUUGAAGUCCAUUUGUAAAGAAAGAAAAGGAACCAAGUACAGAAUGCCUAAAGAUGGAGCCAGCUAAACUAGUAAACAUUACUAUCUUCAGAAUACAAGUUAAGAAAUGAGAGGCAAGGAAGAAAGGACAUUCAUCUUGGAAAGAUUCAGAGCACUUUGAAAUUUUCAGUGAAUGUAACAUUAGCUGCUAACACCCCCUUUGUCACCGGAAUUGAUGACGUGCUUCAAAUUUAAAUGGAAGUCUCCAUUAUACUCCACACAUGGAAAAGAGAAGUAGAAGUUGCAUGUGAUCACCUUUGCCAACCAUCUGAUAUUGUCAAUCCAAGAUUGGAACAGUACACAGUGAUUGCGUCAUGAUGUCAUUUUGGCUUUUACUUCGUGGGACCGAAUCAUUUACAUAUUAAGUUGAUCAUUCAUAGAAGAGCUGCUAUAACAAUAUACAGAAGGUGAAAACUUAACAGAUAAAAGUUUUGCCAUGCACUGAAAGAAAAACAUUGUCUGUGAAGUUCUAUUUUUAAAAAUGUCUGCUUGUAACACCUUUACUGAACAUGUUUGGAAACCUGGUGAAUGCAAGAAUUGCUUUAAGCCUAAAAGCUUACACCAGCUCCCCCCAGACUCUGAGAAGGCACCCAUCACCCAUGGCAAUGUGAAAACUAAUGCCAAUCACAGUAACAACCACCGCAUCAGGAACACCGGAAAUUUCCGGCCUCCUGUGGCUAAAAAACCUACUAUAGCUGUGAAGCCCACUAUGAUGGUGGCAGAUGGGCAAAGUGUAUGUGGUGAGCUUAGCGUUCAAGAACAGUGUGAGAACAAACCUGUCAUCAUGGGAUGGAACCGAAACAGGACUGCCUUGAGUCAGAAACCACUUAACAAUAAUAAUGAAAAUGAUAUUGAAGGAUUUAGCCAUGUUCCUAAGUCUUAUGACAAUAAUGAUAGUGCAAAGAAGGUAUCAAAUAACAAUAAUGGGCUAACUGAAGUGUUAAAGGAGAUAGCGGGCCUGGAUACCACCCCUCAGAUAAGAGGAAAUGAAACAAACUCCAGAGAAACCUUCUUAGGAAGAAUAAAUGAUUGCUACAAACGCUCACUGGAAAGAAAGCUCCCACCAAGCUGUAUGAUAGGUGGGGUAAAGGAUUCUCAGGGCAAGCACGUCAUUCUGAGUGGGAGCACAGAAGUCAUCAGCAAUGAAGGAGGCCGCUUCUGCUACCCAGAGUUCUCUAGUGGUGAGGAGAGUGAGGAAGAUGUUCUUUUCAGCAACAUGGAGGGGGAACACGAGAGCUGGGAUGAGAGUGAUGAGGAGCUGCUGGCCAUGGAGAUCCGCAUGAGAGGGCAGCCUCGCUUUGCUAACUUCAGGGCAAACACUUUGUCUCCUGUGCGAUUCUUUGUGGACAAAAAAUGGAAUACCAUCCCCUUACGAAAUAAGUCACUGCAGAGAAUUUGUGCUGUAGACUAUGAUGACAGCUAUGAUGAAAUUCUGAAUGGAUACAAUGAAAAUUCCGCAGUCUCCUGUGGACAAGGAAGCAUUCAGAGCAUGGUGUCCUCUGACUCCACAUCACCUGAUUCUUCUUUAACAGAAGAAUCACGUUCUGAGACAGCCAGUAGUUCAUUCCAGAAGAUUUGUAAUAGGGGGCUGUCUCCUGGUAACCCUGGAGAGUCUAAGGACAUGAAGGAAAAUUAUGAAAGUCUCUCUGGUAACAAUCAGGAGAAGGAAUUGUCACAAGCCUCCAAAAGGUCUGUAAAAGUUCCAGAGACACACAAAGCAGUCCUUGCUCUUCGAUUAGAAGAGAAAGAUGGCAAGAUUGCUGUACAAACUGAGCAGCAAGAAAGCAAAGCCUCUACAGAUAUUGCUGGGCAAGCAGUAACUAUAAACCUCGUCCCUGUAGAAGAGCAAGCAAAGCCCUACCGAGUUGUAAAUCUGGAACAGCCACUGUGCAAGCCAUAUACUGUCGUGGAUGUGUCAGCAGCCAUGGCCAGUGAGCACCUUGACAGUGCUGUCAGCAGCCCUAAGACCAAAAGCUCAUCCUCCACUCCAAACUCACCAGUAAUGUCACCUGCGUUGACACCAGGACAAAUAGGCGCCCAUUUCCAAAAAUCCAGUGCAAUUCGGUACCAGGAAGUGUGGACUUCCAGCACCAGUCCACGGCAAAAGAUUCCUAAAGUGGAAUUAAUUACUGGUGGAAGUGGACCAAGUGUCCCUCCAAGAAAAAACUGUCACAAAUCAGCACCUACUUCACCCACAGCUACAAACAUUUCCUCUAAAACCAUCCCUGUUAAGUCACCUAAUUUGUCUGAAAUAAAAUUUAACAGUUACAACAAUGCUGGUAUGCCACCUUUUCCAAUUAUCAUUCAUGAUGAGCCAACUUAUGCUCGGAGUUCCAAAAACGCUAUUAAAGUUCCCAUUGUUAUUAAUCCAAACGCCUAUGACAAUCUAGCCAUCUACAAAAGUUUUCUGGGAACAAGUGGAGAACUCUCAGUGAAGGAAAAAACCACAAGUGUAAUAAACCAUACUUAUGAAGAAAUAGAGACUGAAAGCCAACUGUCUGAUAACACCACUAGCAAACCCACUGAAAGUCCCCAGGCUAAAGGGUUUUCAAACAGCACAGAGCGUAAAAGGGGCUCAGUGGCCCAGAAGGUUCAGGAGUUUAACAGCUGUCUCAACAGAGGUCAGGCUUCCCCACAGAGAAACUAUAGUUCCACCCACAGCUCCCCAGCCAAAAUCCAGAGAACCACUCAAGAGCCUGUAUCCAAAACAGAAGGCGCACAGGAGUCUCAAAUACCGGGGAGCACUGGUGGCACUAGGGAAAAGGCAAGCACUGUGCUCUCGCAGAUUGUGGCUUCUAUCCAGCCCCCCCAGUCUCCUCCAGAAACACCUCAGUCUGGCCCUAAGGCUUGCAGUGUGGAAGAGCUUUAUGCCAUUCCUCCUGAUGUGGAUACUGUGAAGAGCAUACCUAAGAGCGCAGCAGUCCGGCCCAAGUCUCUCUUUACAUCUCAGCCUGGAGGUGAGGCCGAAGCACCUCAGACCACAGAAAGUCCUGGCACCAAACUGCAGAAAGAACUAUUUGCAAAGCCUGUCACCUCUCCUCCCUCCAAAUUAGUGACCAGUCCUCAAAAUGAGCCACCACCUCCCUUUCCCCCACCAAGGUCCACUUCCUCCCCUUACCAUGCAAGUAACCUUCUGCAGAGGCAUUUCACCAACUGGACCAAGCCAGCUAGCCCCACCAGAUCCACAGAAGCUGAAUCUGUUUUGCACUCUGAAGGCAGCAGACGGCCAGCUGAGGCAAAGCCUAAACGCUGGAUAUCAUUUAAAAGCUUCUUCCGCCGUCGGAAAACAGAUGAGGAAGAUGACAAAGAGAAAGAGAGAGAGAAAGGGAAACUGGUGGGCCUGGAUGGCACGGUCAUCCACAUGUUGCCUCCUCCUCCCGUUCAACGCCAUCAUUGGUUUACAGAGGCAAAAGGAGAGUCUAGUGAGAAGCCAUCCAUUAUCUUCAUGUACAGGUGUGACCCUGCCCAAGGCCAGCUCAACGUGGAGCAGAGCAAGGUCAGGGCUGAGCAGACAGCAGGCACGGAGAAAGAUAGAACAGAGGAUGUGUCACUGCAAGACUCUCAGAAAAAGAAAAGUAGUCGUCAUUCACCAUUACAGAUUCCUGAAAAAGUUCCCAGUCAUGUGGCCCAUGAAUUAGCGGAGGAAUUUUCUCCUCGGGAUCCCAGACGUCUUGCAAAGCAAGAUGGUGGGGUCUGUGCUUCCAUCUCACCAGCAUUGCUGCCACCUGACCUGGAAAAAGAAGAGGAAAAAGAAGAUACUUCAGAGUCCAUUGACCUGAACCCCUGUAGUGCAACAUACAGCAAUUUAGGGCAAUCUAGAGCAGCUAUGAUACCUCCCAAGCAUCCACGCCAGCCCAAGGGAGCUUUGGACGAUGCCAUUGCCUUUGGAGGGAAAACAGACCAAGAAGCACCAAAUGCUUCCCAACCCACGCCACCCCCACUGCCAAAGAAAAUGAUCAUAAGAGCCAAUACAGAGCCAAUCUCCAAAGACCUCCAGAAAUCCUUGGAAAGUAGCCUUUGUGUCAUGGCUAAUCCUACCUAUGAUAUUGACCCUAACUGGGAUGCCAGCAGUGCUGGCUCUUCUAUUAGCUAUGAGCUCAAAGGUCUGGACAUUGAGUCCUGUGACUCCUUGGAGAGACCUCUGCACAAGGAGAGACCUGUCCCUUCUGCUACAAAUAGCAUCUCCAGUUUAACCACUCUCAGUAUUAAGGACAGGUUUUCUAAUAGCAUGGAGUCCCUGACCAGCCGGCAUGGUCCCUCUUGCAGACAGGGCCGAAGCAUCCAGAAGCCACAGAGACAAGCACUUUAUCGAGGCCUUGAAAAUCGAGAGGAAGUGGUGGGUAAAAUCCGAAGCCUUCAUACAGAUGCCUUGAAGAAAUUGGCUGUUAAAUGUGAAGACCUCUUCAUGGCUGGACAGAAAGACCAGCUCCGCUUUGGCGUUGACAGCUGGUCAGACUUUAGGCUAACCAGUGACAAACCAUGUUGUGAAGCAGGUGAUGCUGUUUACUACACUGCUUCGUAUGCAAAAGAUCCACUUAAUAACUAUGCAGUCAAGAUCUGUAAGAGCAAAGCUAAAGAAUCACAGCAGUAUUACCACAGCUUAGCUGUUCGGCAGAGUCUGGCUGUCCACUUCAAUAUCCAGCAGGACUGUGGUCAUUUCCUUGCUGAAGUUCCUAACCGUCUGCUUCCCUGGGAGGAUCCUGAUACCCCUGAAAAGACAGAGGAUGAAAUAGAAGAGAGGGAAGAAGAGGUGAAAGGAGAAACUGGUGGGGGAAACUCAGAGCCCUGCCGUGAAACUGAGUCAUCCCAAAAGGAGAGCCAGGGAGUCACGAACAGGAAGCAGAGAAGCCAUGUUGUAGUCAUCACCAGAGAGGUUCCCCAUCUCACUGUAGCCGAUUUUGUGCGAGACUCUCUGGCCCAUCACAGCAAAAGCCCAGAUGUAUAUGAGAGGCAGGUGUGUCUGCUGCUCUUACAGCUGUGCUCUGGCCUUGAGCACCUCAAGCCCUACCACGUCACGCACUGCGACCUACGCCUAGAGAAUCUGCUGCUUGUCCACCACCAGCCUGGGGGAGCCACCCAGGGCCUGGGGCCUGCAGAGCCCAGCCCCAUCUCCUCCUGUCCUACAAGGCUUAUUGUGAGCAACUUCUCUCAGGCCAAGCAGAAAAGCCAUCUGGUAGACCCAGAGAUCCUGCGGGACCAGUCCCGCCUCGCCCCAGAGAUCAUAACGGCCACUCAGUAUAAGAAGUGUGAUGAGUUCCAGACAGGCAUCCUCAUUUAUGAGAUGCUGCACCUGCCCAACCCCUUCGAUGAGAACCCUGAGCUGAAGGAGAGGGAGUACACACGCACAGACCUGCCUCGAAUUCCUCUCCGCUCCCCCUACUCCCGGGGCCUACAGCAGCUGGCCAGCUGCCUCCUGAACCCCAACCCUUCCGAGCGCAUCCUCAUAUCUGAUGCCAGAGGCAUCCUACAGUGUCUGCUCUGGGGCCCCCGUGAAGACCUCUUCCAGACCUUCGCUGCCUCCCAGAGCCUGGCACAGAGGAAUGCCCUGUUGCAAAACUGGCUGGACAUCAAGAGGACCCUGCUGAUGAUCAAGUUUGCUGAGAAGUCCCUGGACAGGGAGGGUGGCGUCAGCCUUGAGGACUGGCUUUGUGCUCAGUACCUGGCUUUUGCCACCACAGACUCCCUCAGCUGUAUUGUGAAGAUCCUGCAACCCCGUUAAUGUGGCUGGGAUGCUGCUUUUAUUACAUCUCCUCCUCUUCAUGUCACCCCACACUUCCUUGUCUUGGUCCUCACCCAGAACUCAGAGGAUGAAGAGAGCCCUUCCAUCCCUGUCCAUGAACAAAUGAGUCCAUUCAGGAGGUUAUUCACUGCUCCAGAUCAAGUGAGCAACUGUCUUACCUUUACAGAAAUGCAGCUGCACAAACACGUAGUUACUUUCCCUUGGAGAUCCUUCCAUCCUCAUAGUCCCCUCCAUGGGGUGAAAAUUGCAGAUGCAUCUCCAUAAAGGGUCUGCUCCUGUGGUCUGAGCUCAGUGAGCUGUCUUCAGUUCUGGCAUAAUUCUGAUGAGCACCCGACUUUUAGCACCAAGUAUUUAUUCUCACUAUAAUAGACACAGCCAGUCUCUGCCAGCAUCCAGUCACCCUUUGAAGCAGCCGCCUCCUCUCCUUAGGUGUCAGUAAUGGAGUCUUUUUUUUUUUUUUUGGUACCAGGGAUCGAACUCAGGACCUUGCGCUUGCAAGACAGGUGCCAGAACCACUGAGCUAAAUCCCCAGCCCAGUAAUGGAGUCUUUACCAGGCAGACCUGCCAUUCUUAGCAUCAGCUCAGUUUUGUUUGCCAGGACUAUGGCAACGGGCAGUAGAAAGAAAAAGAGAUUCCCAUCCCUUGGGUCAGAGACCUUUUUCAUUUCUAUUACCGGUAAGUGUGUGCACUGCAUGGAGGAUGGCCUUAAUAGCCUCCCCUCUGCUGCCUCUGCCUGGUGGUUCUUCACCUCUACUCUGUCCCCACUUGUGGCCCAUCUUAGAGCUGACCUUAGUGAUGUCGCCAGUGCCUCAGCAGGGUGCAGCAAGUUGAGAGCUUAUGAAUAGCUGACAGGAGAUGAUUUUCUUGCAUGUGCAAUUCACUAGGGGCCACCAGGGAACAGAGCUUAAAACACCAUUCUUUGAUUGCUGUCAGAACGUCAGUGUUGGCCACCAAGGUCAGUAGGGCCUAGAUCCGAGUUCUCCCCUGAGCAGUGAUUGGCCACCUUCCUCCCAUCGGUAGCCAGGGUUAACUGGUUGACCAAAUGCUGUAGACACAGCCCUGAAUGAAGUGGCCGUCUGUUUAUCUCUGAGGUCUCCUUAGAUGGCAGUGUGAGAGGCUGACUACUACAAUGACCAGAAGGCAAAGGAUGGGGAGAUGGCCACUGAUGAAACAGCUGGCCUCUUUCAGAGAGUCUGUGCCAUGGCCUGAGCGGCACAUUGCUCCUAGGACUCUCAAAUGGCUUCAGAGGACACCUUGCAGGAAGGCAAAACUGCUGAGGGCUGGCUGAGCACUGUUCACCAUGGAGCCAUGCUCCUCUACCAUGGAUGUAUGUGCAAUUUCUAUAUGUAUUUUUUAGCUGUAUAUUACAGUGUUUAUGUUGCAACUUCACCUGAAGCAAGAUCUGCAGAAACCCUCCCUCUUCCCUUUGCACCUAUUUGCGCCAAGCUGAGUAUUUCUUCCCUUGUGUGCAUGUGCCCGCUUGUUUAUUCAAAACUGUGAGUAUCUGUUUACUUCAGCUUUGAGUCCCAAGAGUUGCUCACACCAUGUGUGUGUGCACACACAUGCUGGGGCGGAGGCCAGGCCUGGGGAGCAGCCUCUGUGGCAGGGCUAACAGACCUGUGCUCUGCAUUGUCAGUGAGGGAUCCCGGGGUCCUCAGCUGCCUGUGCGGUUUCCUAAAAGCCAAGAUGGACUGUGCAGUAUUACUUAGAUGGCACAUUAGUGGCCUUGAAAAUUUCUAAACUUUUAAUAUGUUUAACAGCCUUUCAUGUGAUUCACCUAUUUCAAAGAGGAUCAAGAAAGGUGAAGAAUGUAUUUUAUUGUGCUUUUUUUUUUUUUUUUUUUUCAAAGAGAAGGACAUCUGCAAGGUUCAACCUGAAAGAGGCCCUUGUCCUCCAGGACCUCAGGAAGGUGGGCUGGUUGGCCCCAAAGUCUUGCCUGCUCUGUGCAGAGGGCAAGGCAAGCUCGGCCUCUCUGUCCUGUGGCUUGGCCAACUUGCCGACAGGUGGCAUUUGGUUCAGCACGCAGAGCCACAUGCACAUAACUCCUUGCCUGAUUAUGCACUGAACUGGCCAUACAGACCACUGCCCAUGUCAGCACCCCCAAUGGUUUGCAAAUUGAGAUAUACCUUCUCAAUGUCAUUCUCAAGGUGCCUUGCCCAUGUAAAUUUGAAUGUUGACUAUUUAAUGAGAUUACAUAUUUAACGCAGAAUGUUCCCUGGUCCUUGUGUUUGUUCUAUCCCUAGGUAUCUUUGAUUUUUUCAUUUUUCCCCCACUAUGACUUGGAUCCAGUCUUUACAGUAGAACAAGAUGGGCACCUCCACUACCGUUGUCUGACAGCACUGGGAAACUGAGCACCUCUUCAUACCACAUGUGUCUAUUACUGUUUUAUGUCCACAUUUGUGAAAGGCCGAGGAUGCAUGCCAAGGAGUCUAGAAGGGUCUCCAGCCUCCUCGGGUGAUGGCUAAGGAACUUGAGGGGAAGGGAGGAGGGUGGGACAGGUUAGAGCAGGAGAGAGAAAAACUAUUUCUAGGCAAGACGCAUAUCUGAUGGUCCUCAGAGUAUUCUUCCAAAAUAAACUGUCUAACAUUAUGAAUAUUUUAUACUCCCAUUUUAAUUUUUCUUAUUUCCAUUUUAAUUUUGAUAGAAACUUGGAAUUCAUUUAUCAACUGGAAAUUCUACCCUCUGUAGACACAGUUACACUCACAUUUUGUAUACAUAUAUAUGUAUAUGAGUUUUAGAUUGCAAAUAGCAUAGCACUUUUUCUCAAAUAACAUCAAGUUACUAUC